UGGUGUCUCUAAAAGUAGUCUAUGCUCCAUACUCUUUGGUUAUAACUUUAUAUCUUCUGUUCGUAAUUUUAUGUUGCGGCAUAUUUAUAAUAAAUAGGUUUGGGUUUUAAUAUACUGAAUUAAAAUACAGAAAAGUUAAUUCAAAACAUAAACAUGGUUUCACUCAAUCCUGUAAGAAUCUUGAAAAAUGAAGCAGAAGAAGAGAAAGCCGAAGUUGCUCGGAUGUCUAGUUUCAUUGGAGCUAUAGCUAUAGGUGAUUUAGUGAAAAGUACUCUUGGACCAAAAGGCAUGGAUAAAAUUUUAGUCUCGUAUGGAAGAAAUGCAGGACAGGUUGAGGUUACAAAUGAUGGUGCUACUAUACUUAAAUCCGUGGGUGUUGACAAUCCCGCGGCCAAAAUUCUCGUUGAUAUGUCAAAAGUGCAGGAUGAUGAAGUUGGUGAUGGCACUACAUCAGUCACAGUUUUAGCUGCUGAGUUACUUCGAGAAGCUGAAAAAUUGGUCGAACAAAAACUGCAUCCUCAGACAGUUAUAGCCGGGUGGCGCAUUGCUGUUGAAGCAGCUCGUCAAGCAUUGGCUGAAGCUAGUUUUGAUCAUGAAAAAAGCAUGAACGAAGCAGCAUUAAGAGCAGACUUGGAAAAUAUUGCUCGUACCACUCUGAGCUCUAAAAUUUUGUCUAAUCACAAGGAACAUUUCACAAAAUUAGCAGUAGAUGCAGUUCUUCGUCUUAAGGGUUCUGGUAAUCUCAAGGCUAUACAGAUUAUAAAAAUUUCUGGAGGUUUAUUGGAGGAAUCAUUUUUAGAUGAAGGAUUUUUAUUAAAUAAAAAGGUAGGAGUCCACCAACCCAAGAAAAUUGAGAAUGCGAAUAUAUUGAUAGCUAAUACUCCUAUGGACACUGACAAAAUAAAAGUUUUUGGUUCAACUAUAAAAGUAGACUCAAUGGCUAAAAUUGCCGAACUCGAAGUCGCUGAGAAAGAGAAAAUGAAGGACAAAGUGAACAAGAUUCUCAACCAUAAAUGCAAUGUUUUUAUUAAUAGACAGUUGAUUUACAACUACCCUGAACAGCUGUUUGCCGAUGCUGGAGUCAUGGCUAUUGAACAUGCUGAUUUUGAUGGAAUUGAGCGUCUUGCUUUAGUCACCGGCGGUGAGAUAGUAUCUACAUUUGAUUCACCUGAAAAAGUUAAACUGGGACAUUGCAAACUUAUUGAACAGGUCCUCAUUGGUGAUGAAUGUUUAAUACGUUUCUCUGGUGUGGAGCUGGGUUCAGCUUGUACCAUCGUAAUCCGAGGUGCAACCCAGCAAGUUAUAGAUGAGGCCGAGCGUUCCUUGCACGACGCGCUCUGUGUACUCGCUGCUACUGUCAAGGAACCUAAAGUCGUUUACGGCGGUGGUGCCAGUGAGAUGCUAAUGGCGGAGGCUGUGUCUCGUGUUGCUGCACGGACUGCCGGCAAGGAGGCGGCGGCCGCUGAAGCCUUCGCCGUAGCUCUACGGCGUCUACCUUCCGCCGUAGCAGACAACGCCGGCUACGACAGCGCAGAUCUCAUAGCUCGCCUCAGAGCUUCUCACGCACAGGGAGAGAAUACUAUGGGGCUUGAUAUGGAGAAUGGCUGCAUCGGUGAUAUGAAGAAGUUGGGUAUAACCGAGUCCUAUGUGGUGAAGCGUCAAGUGUUGCUGUCAGCCAGUGAAGCUGCGGAGGUCAUUCUACGUGUGGACAACAUUCUAAAAUCGGCACCCCGCAGGCGUGGGCCCGACCGCCGCCCCUGCUAAUACACAACAACUUAUUGAAAAUGUAUGAGUAAAUGUGUACAUUUCCAUUGAAAUUGUGUACAAUAAUGUAUCUUAUUUUUUAACAAACAUUAGAAACCAUACACUGAAGGUUCACAUUUACACAUAUGAUUAAUUUUAGUUUCAUUAAUUAUAUUAAUAUUUCUUGUAGCUUUUUAAUGCACAGGUAAACGUGACGCCUGAUUUUGCUGUUUUAUUUGAUGAUUUGAGUUUAUUGUCAACGGAUGCAAGUUGUUGUGUUGUGACAUGCAAUGAUGUACUCAUCGAUCCAUAUUUUUUUCUCGUAUAGCCAAGCUAGCUCGCACCAGAGGACUGUGUUUGUUUAAGGUAUUUCAGUUUUAGUUUGGUGGAAUGCCGUUAUUGUAUUAACAAAAUAAAUUCUUCACUAAAUAA